AUGUGUUUUGUUGUGCAGUGUGCUGAAUUACCUAGGUUAUUUGAAUGCGAUAUACAAUACGAUUCUAAUGAGAAAGUAACGAUAGCGUAUUGUAAUAACAGUGGACUGACGUCUAUACCUCAAAAUAUACCGCGUAAUAUCAACGUAUUAGAUCUGAGUUUUAAUGAGAUAUGUGAAGUUGAAACUAAUUCCUUUUUGAACUAUACAGAUCUACAAGUACUCAAUUUGACAAACAAUAAACUGAACUCGCUGUCUAGAAAAGCUUUUCAAGGAUUAAGCAAACUGUCUGUGCUAAACAUGUCUCAUAAUAUGCUUGAUUUAUCUCAGGAUUAUUCAGCAGAGUUGUUUCUUUCAAUUCAAAAUUUAACGACAUUGGAUAUAAGUUAUAAUAUGAAACACUCAUAUAAGGAUACACGUUUUGAUUAUCCCGAUCAUGCAAUUAGUGUUCUGCGGGAGUUGUCUUUCUUAGCAAUUGACAUGAUGCCUUUGUCUCAAUUCGGAAGUGGAUUCAGUCGAUUAUAUAACCUGAAAGAAUUACACUUUCAAUCUUGUUAUUUAAAACGUCUUGAAAAUAAAACGUUUCAGAGAUUUCCCUCUUCCUUAGAAGUUCUUACUCUUAGAAAUUGUUUGUUAUAUUUUGUGACUACUGAAGUUGAUGCUUUGCUUCCGUUCCCAAAUCUUCAAGUUAUAGAUUUUUCUGGAACAUUUAUGCAUUUGAUGCCAGCACUGCAACUUUUGAACCCAUAUCGUUAUGCAAACAUGACGGCAAUAAAUUUUGGUCGUGUAAGUUACCCAAUGAGAGAUAGCAGUGAACUCCCUUUCUCUUUAACAAUCACAUCCGAUAUAAUCAAGCAUAUGAAAACAAUUUGCGUAGAAAAUCUAGAUUUAUCUGAGAAUGGAAUAGUUGAUUACGAACCUGGAUCUUUGUUCUCAUUUGAUCGCCCUGAAUGUUUACGUCAUCUUUCAUUCAAAGGAAACAGGUUUGUGCUUUAUAACUUGGAAAAACGUGAUGAGAUUAAUUUCUUCUUUAAAAAAGCUAUGCGAUUGAAAUAUUUAGAUUAUUCAUUUAACGCUGUUAACUAUAAUAUGAAGAAAUCAGUAACGUCAAAUAUGAGUUUAUUAAGUGCCGAUGCAAGUUACGUAUUUUUACCCACAUCACUGGAAAAAUUAGACAUUAGUUAUACAGUACUAAACACCGUACCUGCAGUAUGGUUGAUAGUUCCAAAAAAUAACAACCUUAAAUUUCUAGAUAUAUCUUAUUCGAAUACAACUUUGUUCAUGUCUAUUCCUAAUAUUCAACUUACAACUUUUAUUUCCGCCGGAACGAGGUACGAUUUUGCUUGGCAUGAAUUAAAAAAAUUUCAAAAUAGUAGUUUGAAAAGUAUUGUUCUGAAAAACGCGCACAUAAAUAAUGGGAUAAGAAAGUACGGUGAUCGAUUUUUCAAAGAUCUAGCUUCUCUGGUGUCAUUAGAUAUAUCCCAAAAUGACAUUUGGUAUUUUACAGAUGAGCUGUUAAAGCCAAUGACGAAUUUGACAUAUCUGUACUUAAGCCAAAACCUACUUCCGUCUGUACCGAUACAAUUAAUUGGUCAUUCUUACAUAAACACACUUGAUGUUAGAAACAAUCUACUCACACGUGUAAGUUCUACUAUUACAAACUGGGCAGAUCGAAUGCAAGAAAUUCAUGGAAUGACAUUAAAUCUCGAUGGUAAUGCAUUUGAAUGCAACUGUGAUACUAUUGACUUCAUAAGGUGGAUUCAAACAACCAAAGUAAACCUUGACAGCCGAUCAUAUAUAUGUAAGUUAUCUAAUGGAACAGUUAUUGAUACACUUAUUGCGUACAAUUCUUUAUAUGACUUAUUUGCGGACUGUAAGAGUACAAUGUGGUUAACUUUUGCGUCAUCACUAUUAUCUACAUUUGUCACGGUAGCUUUACUGCUUGUGGUAUAUAGUAAGAGAUGGAAGAUUUUAUUCUCGAUCUAUGGAAUAAUUCGCCGUACAGUGGAACGUAAAGUCCGGAAGAGUUACCAAUAUGAUGUUUAUGUGUCAUAUGAAGGAGAGGUUGUUGUUUGGAUUAAAGAUGUGUUAAUACCAAAACUUGAGGAUGAGUGGGGACUGACAAUGUGCAUAAAAGAUCGAGAUUUUUUAAGUGGCACGAGUCUAGCAGAUAUCGAGGCAGCGAGUAUCGAAAAAAGCCGAUGUAUAAUAUUUGUCAUCACGCCUGAAUUUAAGUCCUCCCAUGAUUGCUUGUUUGAACUCGACAGAGCAAAAUAUGAGAAGAUAACAAACAAUCUGGAGCGCAUUAUAGUCAUCACAAAAGAUAUAACAAUAACUGAUAUUCCAAUAGAGUUCUCCUUUAUUUGGAAUUAUGCUUAUCUUAUUCAAUGGCCUAAAGAUCCGGACACUUUGGAUGAUACAUGGAGGAAGUUAUCAAUGUUUCUCACAGAUGGCUCUGUUUCUUACCAGUAA